CUAGGGUUUUAUCCUUAACAAUGGCCGAAAAGGACGCAGCAACAGAGUCCGUCGCCGCCAACUCCCCAACAGAAGAUAUGGAUCUCAAAACCGCAGAAACGAACGCCGAUAACCAGGAGGGCGGUGUGAAAAUUGAGUCGGACAUCAAACGUGAGAGAGAGGAAGGGGACGAAGACGGUGACGCCUCCAAGAAGCAGAAGGUGGAGGAGCCCGUGAAGGAAGAAACUCAUGAAAAGUCGAUCGCCCCUUCGGAUCCGGUCAGCCUGGGCCCGAAGCAGUUUGAAUCGUCCGUCGAGAUGUUUGAUUACUUCUUCAAGUUUCUUCAUUUCUGGCCUCCUAAUGUCAAUGUUAACAAGUAUGAGCAUAUGGUGCUUCUAGACUUGCUUAAGAAAGGUCAUGCAGAGCCUGAUAAAAAAAUUGGUGGAGGAAUCCAAGCUUUCCAAGUCAGGUACCAUCCAAUGUGGAAGAGUAGAUGCUUCUUCCUUGUCAGGGAUGAUGAAACUGUUGAUGAUUUUAGCUUUAGGAAGUGUGUUGAUCACAUCCUUCCCUUGCCAGAAGACAUGAAGCCUGAAGCCAAGGCCUUUGGCAGUGGUGGUGGUGGUAAGGUUCGUGGUGGAAAAGGAGGAUGGCGGGGCCGAGGAAGAGGUGGCAAGUCAGGAAAGUAAACUAAGACAUUUGCUACUCUGGAUGGAGUUCAAUUUUGUGUUUGAAUUUUUCUGUAGAGUGAAAAAUGCUCCAUCUUCUUUGCAUUGCCCUGGCAAAACUUAUUUUUAUCUAAAUUUUUGUCGUUUGUGGCUUCCUGUUUGAUGGUUGAGAUUCUUUUCUAUCAUUUUUUACCAUUUGUCAGUGUUACAAAUAUUGAUCGAGCUUGGAAUCAUAACAAUAAAUCAUAUAUACUAAAAAUAUGACAAAUAAAUGAAGAAAAAGAUCUGAGUUCA